GAGCUCGGUUGAUUAGCCCCUUUAGUCAAAAAGCCUUAGCGAGAGAGAGGGAGAAGUACAGAGUUUGGAGAAAGGAGACAGAUAAAGAGAGAGUGAGAGUGCGAACUGCGAAGAAGACAAAGAUGUUGCCCUGUUCAAGUCGCGGCGACAGCAAUGGCCACUCUACGUCACCGGCGACGAUAACAACAACCACAACAACAACGAGUCAGAGUCUCAGUCACAGAGAGAGGAGGAAGGUGCGUCGUUUAUCACGCGACGCCUCUUCCGCCGAUGGUGCCGCCGACGCAGAAAGAGACGCUCCGCCUUGUACCGACUUUGAUGUUGCCUACUUUCAGUCUUACUCUCACCUUGGCAUUCACGAGGAGAUGAUUAAGGAUCAUGUGAGGACUGACACUUACCGGAAUGCAAUAUUCAAAUACAAACAUUUAAUUGCAGGCAAGGUUGUUGUGGAUGUCGGUUGCGGCACAGGCAUUCUAUCUAUAUUUUGUGCACAAGCUGGAGCUAAAAGGGUUUAUGCAGUGGAUGCCAGUGACAUUGCGGUGCAGGCAAAUGAAGUCAUCAAUGCAAAUAACCUAUCUGAUACUGUUAAAGUAUUGCAUGGACGAGUGGAGGACGUGGAGAUUGAUGAGGAGGUUGAUAUUAUAAUAUCUGAAUGGAUGGGUUACAUGCUUCUUUAUGAGAGCAUGCUGGGAAGUGUGAUUACUGCUCGAGAUCGAUGGCUAAAGCCUGGAGGUCUUAUUCUUCCUUCACAUGCAACUCUGUAUAUGGCACCUGUUACAAAUCCAGAUCGGUACAGUCAAAGCAUCGAUUUUUGGCGUAAUGUAUAUGGAAUUGAUAUGUCAGCUAUGGUGCCACUAGCCAAACAAUGUGCAUUUGAAGAGCCAAGUGUGGAGACUAUAUCGGGUGAGAAUGUCUUGACAUGGCCCCAUGUGGUGAAGCAUGUAGAUUGCUAUACCGUUACAUUGACAGAACUAGAAACUGCCGAGACAAAGUUUAGAUUGCACUCUAUGAUGCGAGCUCCACUUCACGGGUUUGCAUUUUGGUUUGAUGUUGAAUUUGGAGGACCUGCCGAUUUACCAACCAGCAAUGGUGAUUUGUCCAGUGAUAACAAUAACUGUAAAAAUGGUGGACAGAGAAAGAGACGCACAAACCCUAGUGAAGGACUUGUUCUUUCUACUGCCCCUGAAGAUCCACCAACACAUUGGCAACAGACGUUGAUUUACUUUUACGAGCCAAUCGAAGUUGAGCAAGAUCAACUCAUCGAAGGAUCUGUCACCCUAACGCAAAGCAAGGAAAACCGGCGGUUUAUGAAUAUUCAUCUCGAAUACACUUCUGGUGGCCGGACCUUAGUAAAAGAGAGUGUCAUGCGCUGAAGAUUUGUAGUUUCCGUGUGUUGGUGAAGUGCACGGUCUUAUGUUGCUCGCUCAACCAUGGCGGCCAACAAUAAGUUAUCACAAAAAAUGCAGGUUAUGACAAUGUAUGUUGAAGGCAAAUCUAUUACAACUGUGUCAGUUUUAUAUCCUACACAGCUCUGAAAUGUAAGAUAAACAACCAUUGAUUUAGGUAUGUAUUGUGGUGUUGAUGACAUCCAAUUUUUGAUGCGGACGCCUUUAUUCCUAUUCAAAACUCAUUCUUAAGGGUUUAAUUUUAUUAGAAACAGUAAUAGUAUUGUUACUAGGCGAUUAUAUUCUUUCAUACCAUAGAGUUAUGUAUUAGAGUGAUAUUGCGGUAGAUGUAAGAAUAUUUUUUAUUUUAUUUUUUUGAGACAAACCAUAGUUGUACAUUUUUAA